UGACAAAACGAGCGGAGCUGGGGCAUUCUUUACGAGGAACUACUUGUAUGCUGAACAAUUGCAGUUUUUGUUUAAACCGGAUUGUGAGCGUGAGAUACCAGACAGCCUAGACAGUGACAAAUCCCCCGAGGAAAACUCUGAUAUACCACCUACGGACCAGGAACCCUCCGGAUUAGAAACAAAUUAUCAGGAACAAUCAGGAAGCUGCAUGUUUUAAAUAGCCAUCUCCCAGAACAUGGGAUCGAAAAAACGUCGCGAUCGCGAACCAGAUCAGGUACAAAUGAGAAUGUUGGCAGCGCUAGAAAGUGAAAAACCGAACAGGCACUUGUCUUAAUUUAAGGGUGUUAUUCCUCCCCCUGAAAAAAUUGGCUUGAAGAGGUCAUAGAAUUUCAGAUGGGAAUGUUGCAACUUGUGAGCAAUAUCAAAGAUAUCAAACGACGCAAGCGAAUUAACAUCUACCAUUGUGGCUCAAUGUCAACGUGCGAAGGGCGACACUGAGACAUACAGCGACCGUCUCCACAGGAGAAUUUCAAGGAAUUUGAAGUCAUGUUGCUCAACUUUAAGGAAAUAUGUCGCCUGUGUCUGGAAUCUGGAAAUAAACUGCAUCCAAUAUUUGAUACUGCUGAUAAGCUGCAAGAAAAAAUCCAAAGUAUAUCGCCAACAAUAAAUCUUUGUGCAGGAGAUAGCUUGCCAACCCAGAUGUGCCAGCAGUGCAUAAAGAAACUGAACACCUGCUUCAGCUUCAAACUGCAGUGUGAGAGAUCAGACACCACACUCAGACAUUACCUUAAUUGUCAGCAAGCACAAGACCCCUUUCUUCAGGUUGUGUUAAAAGAAGAACCAUCAUCGUGUGGAGAUAAUGCAGACACAGUCACAUUCAGUAAUCAGACCUCAUCAUUUGAAAUCUCAAAUGAAAAACUGCCCAUUUGUACUGAAGCAAAUGAUGAAUGCCUUGUGUCUGAUUCAAAUGAAGCACUCUACAAAGAUGGUACAAGUCUGUAUGAUAAUAUGGAAGAAAGUGUAAUCUGUGUAGUAGCAAACACUACAGAUGGUGAAUUGUCAAAGAAGUCUAAGUAUGAAGCACUUGAACGAAGUGGGAAAGAGAAUGUGCAAGAAGUUAUUAUUCCCAGUACUUCACAUGUGCCAAGCAGUAGCAAGCCUUUACUCCAGAAUACUUGUACUGUAUGCUGCAAAGACUUUCCUACAGAAAAAGACUUGAAAAGACAUCUCAUUUUACAUUCAGAAGACAAGAGAUACUGCUGUGAAGUGUGUGGGAAAGCCUUCAGACAUCGGUCAAAUCUAUUCAAUCAUAAAGGCAUCCAUGACAGACAGGCUCAUCAUUGCAUGGAAUGUGGGAAGUCCUUUAGUUGUAAAUCAAAUCUAAAGCAACAUCUUGCAGCGCACUCAAAAGACAGGCUGCAUCUUUGCUCCCACUGUGGCAAGUCAUUUAAGUACAGGUCCAACCUAAUUAGUCACAUAGCAUUGCAUUCACGAGAGACCAAAAACCAGUGUAAUGUAUGUGGAAGAGUUUUCAGUUAUAAAUCUGAUCACAUGGAUCAUAUUUUGUCCCAUUUGGAUGAGAUGCCAUUUCAUUGUCGUGAGUGUGGGAAAUGCUUCAAGGAUGAAUCGCUCCUUUUGGAGCAUAACACAGUGCACAUGGGGGAGCGCCCACACCUUUGUGCAGUUUGUGGAAAGUCUUUCAAAGCCAAGUACAACCUCAUUGUUCACCAAGCAUUGCAUUCACAAGAUAGAGCCCACCUUUGCACAAUAUGUGGAAAAUCUUUCAAGUACAAGUCAAACCUCAUUGAACACUGUACUUUGCAUUCAAAAGAGAAACCACAUCUUUGCACAACAUGUGGUAAGUCAUUUGGGUGUAAAUCAAAGUUCACAAGCCAUCUUGCCACACAUUCAGAGGACAGGCCACAUGAAUGUAAAGUGUGUGGCAAACGCUUCAAACACAGGUCAAACCUUUGUAAUCAUAGGGGAAUGCAUGCUGAGAAUGGAGCCCUUGCCUGCAAAUUAUGUGGUAAAUCAUUUAGCAAUAAGUCAACUUUAAUGAAUCAUGUUGCAGCACAUUCUGAAGACAGACCAUACCAAUGUCCAUUAUGUGGUAAGUGCUUUAAGUAUAAAUCUAAUCUUUGUAAUCAUAAAACAUUGCAUUUAAAUAGUAAUCCUCAUCUUUGCAAUAUAUGUGGUAAAUCAUUUAAUAGCAAGUCUAAUUUAGUGACACAUUGUGUGUCUCAUUCAGAAGACCGAAGACACCAGUGCUCAAUAUGUGGCAAAUCAUUUAAAUUUAAGUCAAAUCUAGCAUCACAUGUCACAUUACACUCCCAAGAGAAACCCCACCAGUGCAGCAUAUGUGGAAAAACGUUUAAAUGCAGGAGCACCCUGACAAAUCACACUAGAGUUCAUACAGGUGAUCGUCCACAUCAGUGUCCAGUGUGUAACAAGCAUUUCACUACCAUAGGCAAUCUAAUUGUCCACAGAAGGACACAUAGUGGAGAGAAACCAUAUAGAUGUGAGAUGUGUAUGAAAGCCUUCAGUGACAAGGGUAACCUCACUGCACACCAGUCUGUCCAUUCAGGUGAGAAGCCUCACAUUUGCUCCACAUGCAACCAAGCGUUUACCCGUAAAAGUAGCCUAAAGCGACAUAUUAGCAAAAACCACCCAUGUACUGUGAAACUGAGUCCAGUGAAGGAAGAUUCACAGGGAUAAGUGCAGUUACACAUUGGAAAAACAGACUUGAAGGUGGUUACAAUUAUUUUAUUCUUCCUGAAAUUGUAAACACAAGAUCACAUUUUUUGUAGUAUGCAAAUGUUCUGUUUGUAUUGAAGAGAAUAUUAUAUAUGUGCUAAGCGUCAAUUUUUUAUUUUCACUUUCAUUAUCUAAAUCAGCACAAAUGUUGUGGUUUGGUUUGUUUCACUCCUGGUUGCCCUUGAAUUAUUCACAGUAUAUCAGUAUUCUGAAUAACACGGUAAUGUAAUUUUUAAAGUUUGGUUGUUAAAUUAUUUGUUUUGGAAUAGUGCAGUAAUUUUAGUGGUAGUCCUCAUUUGCUUAUAUAUUGAUGAUUUUCAGGUAAUAGUUUUCUUAAGUACCCUUUAUGAAUACUUCAGAUAUACUACAGAUUUCACUGGUUUGUUUAGGGAACACUUGUUACUUUAAAUAGCUUUGGUGAAGUAUAUCUAAGGAGUGAUUUUUUGGAUUGUGCUGCAGGGAAAGUGUCUCUCCAGUGAUUUUCAUGAACUGUAAAAUGAAAUAAUAAUGUGCUGACAUAUAUAAGAUAUUCCCAAGACUUUCCAUGUGAGAAAAAUAGAUGUCAAAUGGAUACUCAUUACACUCCUUCCUCUAUCUAAAUCUGUACUUUGUGCAGAAAUAUCUCAUCAGAUUUUCCUCUUCCCUAACAUAUCUGUAUGUUUUCUGAACAGUCUUUCAUCACAUAUUGGCUGUGGCUUGAAGAUGUUUUACUGAAGACUAUGUUUAUCAUAAAGAUGGAAGAAUAUUAUCUUUACUAUUGUUAUAAUUCUUUAAUUUUAAAUUAUGACCCCUAUCAUAGGCACUAUACCCAGAAUAACUGUUACAUGGUUGUGCAGACAGAAAUAAAAUUUGUAGUAAACUUCUGUGUGAUGACUAAAAUAAUGUUUGUAAUAUCUGAUUAGGCACAAAAUCAAAGAACUUCAUUCUCACAA